CCGUUCAGCGGAUGUUGCUAAGGAAUAUUGCAGCGCUCGUUGAGUCGGACAGAGGAAAAUGUGUGCCUUCUGUGCUUGCAAGCUGCUGCUGGAUACGUUCGUGGGAAAUUAGCCGUCUGCAUUUUACAGAUCCUGCGUGUAAAUUUCCCGGGAGGCCUGGCCUGAGUGUUCUCGCUGUGCCUUACCAAAUCGUGGACCAUGAUGGAGCGACGAAGAGCCUUAACUAUUCCUUUUACUGUUGACAAAGAUAACCUGAUGGAAAACCCACUCAGAAUCCCCAUGACAUGUCUUUCACCAGACUGUGGAAAGUUAGAAAGACAGGUUUCCUGGACUGCAUUUGCUGGCUGCAAAUUGAGACACAGUAGUUUACGGCAUAAAAAUGGGUCCAUGACGUUGGAGCACAACCGCGCAGCUAUGAUCACCAUGGAGAUGAACAGGAGGCGACCCCUUCUGGUCCUAAGAGAUGUCCUAAAGACAGAAGCAGGCCAGGCUUACAUAGCCAGGAUAAAAAAGAGCCAUACGAUGAGCAACAGAGGACUAAGUACGCGGAGGGAGAGAGUUCGGAGCAAAGAGGUUCCUCUGACCUACAGUGACACUAAGACCAGGAAUAGCAGGAGCAACAGUGAGACCCCUAAACGAAACCAGAAGACCACCCCCAUAUCAACUCCAAGGUCAAAACCCAGGAAAGGACAACCAAAGGCUGAGGAAGAAGAGGACAAAGAAGAAAGCAAAGACAUCGAGGAGGUGGUGCUAGGAAAGAACAACGGAGAAGACGACAAAUUCGCUGAGGUUGUAGAUUGUGGACUGUCAGUAAGCUGGGAGCCCACAGAGAGCACAGCCGGCUGUGAAGACUUCUCCCCCACUGGCAUCAAGGACAGGUGGACCGAUUCAGAAAAAGACGUGCAGCAGAAUUUGAAGAGGAAAAGGAAAGAUUCACAGUCGCAGUGCAAUGGAACCAGCAGCCCCAAACGCCACCGCGAGAGCGUGCUUCGCCUCACGGGGGAAGACGGCAGAAACGGGGGACCGGUACCACCGAGUAUUUGUCAGGAGGAAAGUGGAGAAGAUGUAGAUCUGGAGAACCUGGACCGCUGCAUCGUACAGUUCACGGUCGGAGGAGACGAUGAAGCUAGCCCUGCUGAACCCAUUGUGCUGUCCAGCGAUGAUGAGGAGAGCGGCGUUGUUUCUCAAGCCACCCGUACGCUGGUCAGUGUGAAAGACACGGUAAUACAGGGACAGCCCUCAGUGAAAGCUGCCAAACAACGACGAGCGUCUCACAUACAGGACAUGCAGGUGCUGCAGGUCGAUGCCGGAGAGGUUCCUCACUCAGUGACAGGUUGUAUGAACUACUCCUACAUGGGGUUGGCCUUCUCUACUCUGCACUGUGGAGGUUACCAGGGGAAAGUGAACGGAGGCGUCAUGGUAGGAGAGGAAAAAAUCAUGAUACCACUGACAGACACUAGCGAGCAGUUUGCACUGAUCUUGAGCUUCGAGCGGAAGGAGCUGAGGAGGUACAGCGUUUGGGAGAAGCAGGAGCUGGAGGCACGAGAGAUUCGCUUCAGCGACGACGAGGAGCCUUGUCCUGCCACCGUCCUGCUGCUGUGUUUGUCAGAAACUGCUGCAGCUGAAAUCCAGGAGCAAAUCAGCCAUCUGUGUGUCGUCCAUGAUGAAGCUGCAGACGCUGGGAAAGCCAGCCCAUUCGUCCUGCUGACUCUCAAAGAUCCUCUGGAGGGAAUGGAGGGAGCGUUACUGCGCUCUUUACUGGACAUUGACUGCCUCAAUAAUCUGGCACAUGGACAAGCUAUUGUAACCCCUGAUGUGGACAGAGCGAGCAGUUUGGAAGACAACCACUCUCCUCUUCUUUCUCUGGAUGAUAGCUUGGAGCUGAUCAGAAGAACUGGACUGGACUCUCACCUGCUCUCCAUGCUGGGCGUGACGAGCACCGACACUGAACUCAACAAAGACACGAGCGGUUCACAUUCUGACAGGGACAAAAGCCUCGUAACGCACACUCAGCAGGAGGAGGAAUCACCGAAGGAGUCGGUGCCGGAGCCAGAGACGAAACCAGAGCAGGAAACGGAACUUAAACCAAAGGAGGAUCAGAAAGAACAAGAGCCGGAACCUCCCGCUGAUAAGAAAAAGGAGGAACCCAGUCCUGCAUACACACUGUGCCAUCGUAGAACCAAAGGAUCCUACUCUGUGUCGCUGUGCAAACCAGACUCCAGCUGGACUAAAUAUAAACAUCAGGGUUUGGCCCGCAGGUUGAUCCAGUUUCCUCCUCCGCCAUUGAAAGGAGGAAUAUCAGUAACAAUGGAGGACCUGCAGUGCCUUGACAGUGGGCAGUACCUCAAUGAUGUCAUCAUUGAUUUUUACCUCAAAUACCUCCUCCAGAAUGCGUCUGCUGCCGUGGCCGAAAGCAUCCACAUCUUCAGCAGCUUCUUCUACAAGCAGCUGACACGGAGGGACAACGCCAGCGAAGGCACCAACAGCGACUCCUGUCAGCGGCAGAGGCGACACCAGCGGGUGAAGACGUGGACACGACAUGUGGACAUCUUCAAAAAAGACUUCCUGUUUGUGCCCGUCAAUCAGGAAGCUCAUUGGUAUUUAGUCGUCAUUUGCUUUCCUGGAAUGGAGGAGCCUAAAGUCGAGGCCUGGAUUGAUUCAGAAUCACAGAAGGGAAAAAGCGUCGAGUCACAGCGUCAAGAUGAGGCCCAAGGAAGUAAAAGUAUAAGUGAAAAUGCAGAGAUGCCACCUACGUUAAACCGCAGUGACGCUGUGGAGCCAGAGACAGGUGUUUCAGAAAAUGCUUCAAAAGAACCCGCCAAAGAGCCACCACCUGAUCCAGUAAACUGCACAGAGCUCACAUGCAAGAAGAAGACAGUUUGCAAGAGGCCGUGUAUUCUCAUCAUGGAUUCCCUCAAACUUUCUCUUCACGAGCGAGUAUUCAAGCUCUUAAGAGAGUACUUGCAGUCAGAAUGGGAGGUCCGACGCGGUUCAUCGAGGGAGUUUGGUCCCGAUCAGAUGAAAAGCUCACACUGCCAAGUUCCCCUUCAGGACAACAGCAGCGACUGCGGCCUCUACCUUCUUCAAUACGUCGAGUGUUUUUUGAAGGACCCUGUGGUGCACUUUGACCUCCCUCUACAUCUACGGCGAUGGUUCCCACGGCAGCAGGUUCGAAGGAAACGAGAUGAAAUCAGAGAUCUGAUCCUGAACCUUCACCGACACCAGAACCUGGACGAAGCGUGAGAGCGGCUCUGCUGCUGCGUCACAUUCCUGUAGCCGUCGUUAAUCACUGCUCAUACUGAGCAACGGACAAUUCAGUGUGAACUGAAAACAUCUUCUUUAAAUUAGAGUCUGUUAUUUUCUACAUUGACCUGAAUAGAACACGUAAACCUUGGAUUAUCUGUGGGUCUGUUUGUGAGUGAAUAUGAAGGCAUUAGCUCAUUAAAACCAACACAUUUCCGUCCAUCAAACUGCAAAGGCUGAAAGUAAACAUGCAAAUGUUUGUACACCCCAAGACUUUUUACCGAUCCCUUUUUCUGAUGAAUAUUUUACAAAAGGGAGUAUUUGUAUUUAAUUUUUUUUAUGUAGGAACACUGAGAGGAGUGUAGCAAUGGUAAAUCAUAGUUUGUACAGAAGAAUCAGGAGCAAUUUUAGAUGAAUUUAUUUGCUUUUCUGGCGUUUAAUGUGUAACUAAUAGUUCAGUUAAGUUCAUGAAUUUCCCAGUGCGAGCAGUUUUACAGGCUUAGUAUUCAGUACAAGGAAGUUUUCAAAAACAAACUAUUAAAGCCUCAGGACUGUGCCUCACUCACUCUGUUAUCCUGUCAGCCUCUUGCAUCAAAGCUAGACUCAGCGCCUGACUGCACAUCUGUGAUCUUAGACCUAGAAGUAACACUGGGACGCUGCGAUGUCAGCUGACAGCAUAUUAACAGACUUGGACUGAAUGUACAGGGUGUCCCAAAAAGAUUGACAUCAUUUGAGAUGUCCAUAUCAGAGUGACUACAUGCUCAGGAGAAAUGAUACUUUAUAGGAUUUAUUUUGCACAUGAAAUGUUUUAUUCUGCAAAUUUCAAAUGAAAAAUUCUGGGGGAUGGUAAUUUUAUAAUGUUCCAAAAUUAUUACAAAUGUUCAGUGUGUGCAUCGCUUCUGACAGUUGUGAAACUGCCGGCCGUCCAGAUCCUUUUUUCCGACACAAACAGAAACUACUUAUGCCACAUCCAAAUCUGCUUUCCUGUUGGCACUUGUUUAUGAAAUUUUCUAACAAAUUUUCUGUUGCAGCAAACGGCAUGUCCGUUCCUGAAAGCAGAAAAAUAAAAAUGAUUACACUUUUUUUGAGCAAAAUGAACAAAUUUUAAACAAUUAUUAGGUGUCAAAUUUUUUGGGACACCCUGUAAUUGUUAAAUUAUCAGUGCAGCCUACUGUAUACCGUCACUUUGCAUAGAAACUGACUCUUGUAAACCAGUAGCUUCUAUAUACUCAAUAAUAAUAAUAUAAAGAAACACUUUGGUGAAAAAUGUGGGUGAACAGGUUUUCUGUCACAUCGUCCAACCUACAGAAAGAUGUUUGCUGUGAUCAGUCAAACUACUUCCUUUUAACGAUAAAGGUAUAAGAAGCUAGAUUAAUUUUUAACAUGAAUGCCGCUUACAAAAAGUUGAGGGGUGAACACACACUGGCAUGUUACAGUUUGUUCCUGAAUGAAGACCCUUCAUGACCCGCGACACAUUCAAGUCCUCCACUACUGUCACCUAAGUUCUCCCCAGCAGAGAUCGAUCUCGAUAGUCUUGUAGUUCUCCCCUUUUUGUUCAGAUGUUUUUGUCUCAACGCCUAAAAAUGUCUUCAAUGCAGAAUUUUUUUUUUUAGACAUGUUUUGAAUGUACAGGUACUGAUGCCAAGAUUCCUUUGGUUUCAAUGUCGUAUUAAAGUAUACAGAAGAAACUGCA